GGCGCAACGGUAGCGCGUCUGACUCCAGAUCAGAAGGUUGCGUGUUCAAAUCACGUCGGGGUCAAGAGGUCUUUUUUUUUUCUUUUUUCUUCAAUUUUUAUGCACUUAACGUUGCAAAUGCACGCGUCGUAAAUUUUUCGGGAUUCAGGCACGCGAUCGCAGGUCCGAAUUUCUCGGAAGUUUUCUCAGAUUAAAUACAAGAAAUGCACUUUUUCCAUUCGUAAAAUGAGAUAGACAAACAAUUGGACAUUGGCGAGAAAAAGAGAGAAGAUGCGGGAGGUCCAGCCACGCGUAGAGCGAGCUGCACUCGACGCCGAAACGGGGUGCAGAGAUGAUGUAAAUAGUAAACACACGGCGAGAGGCGAGAGCGUGUUAGGUUAGGAUAUUCAAGAUUGUCAUCGCGAGAUUCGCGAAUACGAGAGAAAAAAGUCGCGAUUACUUUGUGAGUUCGUAACUAAUAAAACGGAGAAACUGCCUUUCCGAGUAAACGUGAGAUCGACACGUUUCGAAUAUUUUAAAGUCUAUAUUGAUUACCGAACUAACCUAACCUCGAUUUAAACUUAUCGACGUCUCCUUCGGAGGACCGAAGGAGAGAACACAGAAGAGGACUCACGACCACUCGAAUCGUCAUUAUAAAACUCCUUUCAAUUUAAAAAGACACGACGAUGAAAGUCAUAAAGGGAAACUGGAACGUUCUCCUGAGCAACUACGAGGUCCUGAAUAUCCUGCAAAACACGAAGUCCUACAAGAAGCCGAAGAUGAAUCAGCUGGCGACCAUCACCUAUCAGACGAUCAAGUAUCUGGAGGAGACGCCGUGCAAGAUGCAGAAUCCGGAGAAGAUCCGGGAGUUUCUGAAGGCGAUGGAGCCUAUCAAGCUGACCAAGGCCGAGAAGCUCACUCUUCUCAACCUCUGCCCUACUACGCCGCUCGAGAUCCAACUGAUGGUGGAGGAGAGCGAGGAACGGCUGACGGAGGAGGAGGUCGAGACCGUGCUUCAGAUCGUCGCGAACGUGCGAGGGAACGAGGAUGACACAGAACAAGAGAUCUAAUCUUAGACCUUAAAAAAUAACUUAUUUAAAUAUAUUUUUGUGUAUGUACAUAUUUUAUUUAUAUAAUAAACACGACUGGAAAUAGUGUAUAAUU